AUGGGCGAACAUAUAAGGGAAAUGAUGACACAUAAACACCAUAAAGAUUAUUUUGUGACUACUAAUUCAUGGGAAGAUUGUACAAAACCCAAAACGCUAAUUGAACAAAAUUGGUUUGUUGACUUACGUGGUGAACAUCCAAAUCCAUGUUACAAACAUCCGCAUGGUGAACAGUGUACAGUUAAUUUUGAUCAUAACCAGUAUUUUGAGGGUAUUCGACGGUCACAAAUAAAUCAUACAUGUCCAUGUGAAAAUGAUAAAUUUAAAUAUGUAUCGAAUUUGCAAACAUGUGUAGACAGAGAUGAAUGUUUUGAAUAUAAGAACAUUUGUAAUGCUACAACAAUGAUAGAGCCCAUCGGGCAUCAGCAAAAUAUUGUUUGUCGAAAUACGUUUGGUUCUUAUGUGUGUGAAUGUGAAUUUGGUUAUGAAAAAAUGAUAAUUGAGGAAAAUAAUCAAACAUUUGUUGAAUGUCUACCAGAUAAAAUGUUUUGGUCAAGUUUGAGUGAUUUAAACGAUCCUUUCAACGAUGAAUUUAGACAAACAUCAUAUGCUCAUCAUCAACAUGUAUAUUUCAUAUUUGUUUUUCACCUAGUAUUGACGUCAGAGUUUUUGUAA